AUGUUGCGAGAAAUGGAAAUGGAGCGCGAGGACGAUAAAAAGUCUGGUGUGUACAUCGGGAAUAUGGGUAUAUUUUGCAUCGUAAUCGCCGUCGUAGCACUGUGCAUCGGCGUAGGCUUGUUGGCUUAUUACGUACCGGACAGAAAUUGUGCGGACUCCUCCCUGCCUACCCCCGAAGCGGGCACCGGUACCGACGAGCCGCCGUCGACGAAGCCGCCUGGAGUGGAACCAAAUUGGCCAGGUAGAGUACAAACGAACGUGGUCCCGCAACACUAUUUCGUGCACUUGAAAGUGUAUUUGGACGACGAGGACGGAGAAAAGAAAUUUAAAUUCGAUGGCGAUUCUUACGCGGAGUUCAAUUUUACCGAGCCUACCAGCGUUGUCAAGAUUCACAUUAACAAAUUGGAUAAAAUCAUGGAUGAGGGUAAUAUUCGUCUUACCAAGAAUGGGGAAGAAGUGGCCAUCAAAUCUCCGCGUGAGGAGACAGAGUACCAGUUUUUAGUGAUCGAGACGGUCGAUGACAUGGAGAAGGACACCGUUUACAGACUCACCACCAAAUUCGUAGGAGCUCUAGAAGACGAUUUGGCGGGCUUCUAUCGUAGUUCCUACACGACAAGCCAAAACGAGAUGCGUUGGCUUGCUACAACUCAAUUCCAAGCCACAGAUGCAAGGAAAGCAUUUCCAUGUUUCGAUGAACCAGCUUUGAAAGCCACGUUUGACAUUACCUUAGAACACCGCACGAAGAGAACCGCCAUGUCGAAUAUGCCAAUCAAGAACCAGGUAACCAAUGGCGACUGGAACACCACGACCUAUGAAACGACUGUGAAGAUGUCUACCUAUCUCUUAGCGUUUGUCGUCAGUGACUUGGUAUGCGAACAGAGACCAGCUUGCAAUAACGAUAAUUGCAUUUUACGUGUCUGUGCUCGAGAUGAAAUGAAACAUACAAUGGAGUACGCAUUGGACGCUGGUGUCACUAUCAUCAACUACUUUGAAGAAUACUUUGAUAUCCCUUACCCACUUCCCAAACAAGACAUGGCCGCCGUACCAGACUUUGCCGCCGGUGCGAUGGAAAACUGGGGUCUGAUUUUGUAUCGGGAGACCGCUCUUCUAUAUGACCCAGAUGUGUCGUCAGCAACAAAUAAACAAAGAGUUGCCGUGGUAGUUUCCCAUGAGCUUGCUCACCAAUGGUUUGGUAACUUGAUGUCUCCAGCCUGGUGGGAUGACUUGUGGUUAAAUGAAGGCUUUGCUAGCUAUGUGGAAUAUAUUGGGGUAAACCGGCAUGAACCGGAUUGGCAAAUGAUGGAUCAGUUUGUAAAUGAAGAUUUACAUCGCGUGUUUCAGUUGGACGGACUUGGAUCAUCCCAUCCAAUAUUCGUACCGGUCAACAAACCUGAAGAAAUCAGCGAAAUCUUUGAUACCAUCUCUUACAGUAAGGGUGCAUCUAUUAUACGAAUGAUGAACUAUAUUCUUGGUGAAGCAGUCUUCAGGGAAGGAUUGACGUUGUUCUUGAAAAGACAUUCUUAUGAAGCCGCGACGUCAAAUGAUUUGUGGGCAGCCCUCACUGAGGCUGACGUAGGAGUUGGAGAUCAUGACGUGAAACAAAUAAUGGACACAUGGACGCUACAAAUGGGAUAUCCAGUCGUCACAGUUGCACGAACCUCCGAAAAUACAGCUAUAGCCGAACAGAAACAUUUCUUAAUCGAUCCUGAUGCGGUUGUUGAUGACAAGUACGGGGAUAUGGGGUAUAAGUGGUAUGUACAGUUGUCGUACAUGGUGAAAGACGGUGGUAUUCAAGAAAUUAUGAUGUCCCCUGAUGACGCGACUGUGGAUAUUUCAUUGCCGAGUGGAACCGAAACGAACGACUGGAUCUUAGCCAAUAUCAAUCAGACUGGAUACUACCGAGUGAAUUACGACACGGGUAACUGGGUUGCGUUACAAAAACAGUUGUCUGAAGACCAUCAAGUUAUUCCAGUCGUUAACAGAGCGGGUCUUAUCGACGACGCAUUCAACCUGGCACGCUCAGGAGAUCUGUAUCAAACCAUAGCAUUUGAAUUAACACUAUACCUGAUAAAAGAAGAGCAAUACCUACCGUGGGAUACGUUUAUUAAUAUCAUCAUUUACAUCAGAGAUAUGCUGAGCAGAACUGGGGCGUUCGGAGCGCUUGAGCUCAGGUACCAACAAGUCUAUCAGCAAACUUCUCUCAAAACCGUUCGUUUCCAUCGUGCCAAUGUGUUGAGCACUGCAUGUCGCUAUGGUUACAAACCUUGCAUCGAUGAGGCUGUACAACAGUUUGACUUGUGGAUGCAGGAUCCUGUUGCUAAUGCCAUCACCCCUAAUUUGAAGUCCCUCGUGUAUUGCAAUGGUAUACGACACGGUGGCGUCAAAGAGUGGGAUUUCAUGUGGGAGCGUUACCAACAAGAAAGUGACGCCGGUGAAAAGUCACGAUUGCAGUCAUCGAUGGCUUGUAGUAACGUGCCAUGGAUAUUAAGCAGAUACUUAGAGUAUUCCAUUGAUUCCACCAAGAUCAGAAAACAGGAUGCUUCGUACACGAUACGAUAUGUCGCCUCUAACUACGUUGGUAGAGCUCUAGCGUGGGAUUUUUUUAGAGCUAACUACGACAUCUUGUUUGAUAUGUUUGGUACUAGUUUAUUCACAUGGAGUAGAAUGUUGACGGCGCUGACGUCUCAGUUAAACACACGAUUUGAGCUCUCACAGUUGAUUGAUUUCGGUGACAAUCAUCCUAACCUCGGGUCUGCGGCAAGAGCGUAUGAACAAGCCAUCGAGAGCACCAAAGCCAAUAUCAAAUGGAUGGACAACAACUUUGAGCAAGUUCAAGAGUGGUUGGAGAAUCAAUAAUGCAGACCAUCACCUCACUUAGGGGGGUCUCUUUGAUUGAGACUUUUAAGUUAAGGGGCCUAUUUUCAAAAUGAUGACCAAUUAUUAUGCUCAUUUCCCAAUGACCAAUUUAUUUAAGUUUUGUCUAAGUUAGGGGGCCCACUUUUAUAAUUUCCAGUUAACCAAGAUUAAUUUAGUUUUCCAAAUUAGAG